CAGAUGCAGACAUUUCCGAUAGUUUUCCUUUCACUUGCAGUCCCUGUCACUUAUAUCUUUACAGCAAACAUUUCUUCAGAAUGUAAUGGCUGUUAUUUGGACGGAAAAUGCUUUUGUAAUCAUACGAUAGGCCUUUUUAGAACACUGUAUGAAUGUAGGGAAGUAAUGUGCAUUGGAAAAUCAUACAGAAUUUUAAAGUGGUAUUGUAAAGACAAUCGAGAUAAUUGCUUGGAACAUGGAGAACAUCGUCCUGGUGUUUUAAACAAUCAGUGUGUCAUGUUUACUUGUAUAGUAUGGCGUAAAAUUCCACGAAUGGGUGUACGGCGAAAUUUUGUUUGCACGUUGGAGCAUGUUUACUCAUAUUGGAAAAAUUCAACCCACAAGGAAAUCGAUCAAUGUUAAAUGGAAAUUCG